CCAUCAAAUAUUGGGCCGUAACAUCACUUUGGAACAGUUGUCAUAUUUAUUUAGAUUAUAUAACCCCCUUUACUGGUUUUAGAUAAGAAGCCAGUUGCUUUUGGCAGCAAAGAUAGACACUUUCCAUAGCAAAUUGAACUCUCUCCCUUAUAGCAAGGAUGAUUUGGAUGGCAAUUAUUUUAGCUUUUCUAACUUCUCUGUGGCUAUGGAGAAGCAAAGAGAAGGCAAAGAGAUUACCUCCUGGUCCAAUAGGUUUGCCAAUUUUGGGGAGCCUUCACAAGUUGGGAGCAAAUCCUCAUCGUGAUCUUCACCAACUAGCCCAAAAACAUGGACCCAUCAUGCACUUGCGCUUGGGUUUUGUGCCAACCAUAGUUGUUUCUUCACCCCAAGCUGCUGAACAGUUUCUGAAGACCCAUGACCUUGUCUUUGCUAGUAGACCACCCGUUGAAGCUGCAAAGUACAUAGCUUGGGAACAAAGAAACUUGAGCUUUGGUGAAUAUGGUUCUUAUUGGCGCAACAUGCGUAAGAUGUGCACAUUGGAAUUACUGAGCCAUACUAAAAUUAACUCCUUCAGAGACAUGAGGCAAGAAGAGCUUGACUUAUUGAUCAAUCAUCUAAUAGAAGAAGCCAGAGAUGGAGUUGCUGUUGAUAUCAGUGCCAAGGUUGGAUCACUCAGUGCAGACAUGAGUUGUAGAAUGAUUUUAGGGAAGAAGUACAUGGACAAGGACUUGGACGAGAAGGGAUUCAAAGCUGUGAUGCAAGAGGCAAUGCAUUUAGCAGCAGCACCUAACAUAGGUGAUUAUAUUCCUUACAUCGGUAAACUUGAUCUUCAAGGGCUAACUAAGCGCUUCAAGUUAGUGCACAAAAUCUUCGACGACUUUUUUGAGAAAAUUAUUGAUGAACAUAUGCAAUCAGAGAACAGAGAAGACAAGAUCAAGGAUUUCGUGGAUGUCAUGUUAGGCUUUGUUGGUAGUGAAGUAUCUGAAUACUCUAUUGAACGCCCCAAUAUCAAAGCCGUAUUGUUGGAUAUGCUGGCGGGUUCAAUGGAUACUUCAGCUACAGCAAUUGAAUGGGCACUUUCAGAGCUGCUAAAGCAUCCAAGGGUGAUGAAGAAACUCCAAACAGAGUUGCAAACUGUGGUGGGUAUGAAGAGGAAGGUGGAGGAAUCAGACCUGGACAAGUUGGAGUAUUUGGACAUGGUUAUAAAGGAAAGCCUCAGGUUCCAUCCAGUGGCACCACUACUAAUACCACAUCAAUCCAUGGAAGAUUGUAUGGUUGGAGAUUUUUUCAUACCUAAAAAGUCGAGGGUCAUAAUAAACGCAUGGGCAAUAAUGCGAGACCCAAGUGCUUGGAAAGAGCCAGAGAAGUUCUUGCCAGAGAGAUUUGAGGGAAGCAACAUAGAUAUACGAGGACGUGACUUACAGAUGAUACCAUUUGGGUCUGGCAGAAGGGGUUGUCCCGGGUUGCAAUUGGGUCUGACUGUGGUUCGUUCAGUGGUGGCUCAACUCGUUCAUUGCUUUGAUUGGAAGUUACCAAAUGAUAUGUUGCAUACUGAUUUGGACAUGACAGAGGAAUUCGGCCUCACAUUGCCCAGGGCCAAGCAUCUAUUUGCCAUUCCUACUUAUCGCCUUCCAAUAGAAAGGGAUUAGGCAAAAAAAAAAAUUAAUUGUAACAUUUUAUUUUAUGCUUGGUUAG